AACAUGGUUGAUAUUAACUGCUUUUAGAAAUCGUAAUUGUAUAAUAUUAUGAAAUUAACUAAGCCUUUUACCAUUAAAAAGAAAAGUAAGAAUAAAAACUUGAAAAGAGAUAAUUUGGAAAGUAACUCCGACAAUAAUCACUGCUAAACCCCUGAAUGAAAAUGAAAGUAACGUAGAAGAUCUACACAUCCUCAGAUGCACUUUCAUCAAGAAGACUUUAUUGAAGCCAUAGACUAAAAUCUACAUCUUAAAACAAAAUGGGAUACAUGAUGAUUUUGUGGAUUAUUCUUGUAACCGUGGUUACUGUAUAUUACUUGAACAUUCCACCACCAGAUCUAUCCCCAAGGCUCAAGACCUGGUACAAGAAAGGCAACUUUAUGAAAUAUAAAGAAUUUGAUAUUUUCUACAUAGAUGAAGAUGGUAUUUUAACAGAUGACAGCACACUGUUGUUGAUUCAUGGUUUCCCAACUUCAAGUCAUGAUUGGAUAAAGAUUUUGGAUGAUAUGAAGGAACAGUACAGUAGGAUUAUUAUACCUGAUAUGCUAGGCUUUGGAUUCACAGAUAAACCUAAACAGUAUGACUACUUGAUAACUGAGCAGGCAGACAUUUUAGAAGCAGUAUUAAAAUCUCUGUCAGUUAAAGAUGUGCAUAUUAUGUCACAUGAUUAUGGUGAUACAGUUGCCCUGGAAUUACUUCACAGGCACAAUACAGGAAGUGGAUAUAUGCAGGUGAAUUCAUUGUGCAUGUUGAAUGGCGGGCUAUUUCAAGAAACAUAUUAUCCAAGGUUAAUUCAAAAGGCUCUUCUGGUACCUGUCCUAGGAGACCUUCUUUCCCAUUUAUCAUUCUAUGGAUCAUUGAAACGAGGAUUAGGGAGUACAUUUGGCCCCAAAACACAGCCAUCUGAGACAGAUAUGAGAGAUUUCUAUACAGUAUUAAGAUACAAAGAGGGAAAUGUUGUCAUGUCAAGACUGAUACAUUACAUUACUCAGAGAAAUGAGAACAAGGAACGUUGGGUAGGAGCCUUGCAGAAAACAAAAGUACCAGUACAUAUGAUUUAUGGUCCAGCUGAUCCUGUGAACCCUCCUGUAUUUGUUGACCAUUAUAAGAAAGUAGUUCCAAACCCACAUAUAGAAGUGUUACCAAUUGAUAUAGGACAUUACCCACAAUGGGAAUAUCCAAAUGGAGUUGUGUCUUCCUACCUUCAAUUUUUAGAGACAAUAAAAGAUGAUUAAAUGUCAAAGUUAAAAUGAAAAAUGCAUGUAAUAUAAUAGAAAACUGCUAAAUGUUCUAAGCUUCAAAGCUGCAUGCCUCCAAAUG